UUCGAUAACGAUGGACACAAAGAAGGAGAAGAACAUAGUUCUCAAAAUUGGAGCACGAACUUUAGAAUGUGGGCUUGAAGAUUCUUCAAAACCUUUAGGAAAAUUCAAUGUCCACCAUUUCGCCGAACUUCAAACAUUCGGAGUUGAUUCAACUGCAUAUGAUCACUCCCUUAUACCCGACAGUGCAUCCGAAAAGGUAACCAAAGAGUUUCGGUUACAAUCCAUGGCUAAAAAUGAUCAAGAGCAUUUUAGGCAUCUGUUCUUCCCUGAUACUCUUAUCUAUGAAGACUUAAGUCUUUUUUUACAAAGCCUGAAAAUUCACCUUCGGAAGGUAUUGAAUAAAAUCUUUUAUAAAUGUGGAAUUUCCACAAUCAACUCGAAACUUAUUUUGGUCCAAAACUCGACGUUUCCAAAAGUUUACAAUAAACUUCUCACAGAAAUUCUAAUAAACGAUCUCCUCAUGCGUGCUGUUGUAAUACUUCCAACCCCUUUAAUGGUUUCUAUAGCAUCCGGCUCUAGCUUUGCUCUAAUUAUCGAUAUUGGAUGGUCUUUUACUACAGUUGUUCCUGUUUUUGAUUAUAGGGUGUUGGAUAAUUUGCUAACGUUUACAAACAGAGCUGGCUCUCGUUUGCAUUACGAAUUAUUAUCCGAAUUACGAGAAGAAGGAUUUGAUAUCGAAAGUAUAUCCUUCCGAGAACUUGAGAAUACUAUUUCAUUGCUUGAUAGCUUGGUAUGUACUUCAAAUGAUGAACUUAUUGCUUGCGGUAGAUUUCUUGUUAGAAAAAAGAUUUUCACUGACGCAAUAGAGAAACUUUAUCUCAGCUUUGAUUCUUCUGUCCAAUAUGAAGAUAACGAGAUUCCAAUUAUAAAACUAGCUACUGAUUUAAUUGAUAAGAGAUUGCCAAUAGAUCUGAGAAAAAUCUUAUCUUCACGAACAAUAGUAACGGGAGGAAUAUCAAAUCUUAAAGAUUUCAGGCAGACAUUACUAGCGAGGAUUGACGAAGCAGUUGCACAACAACUGCAUGGUAUAGAAACUCUUGGCGACUGGGCAGGAGCCAGUAUCUAUUCUACUUUAAUGAAACAUCAAAAGAAAAGCCCAGACUUGUGGGAAAUACGGAAAGUUUAAAUGCGUAAACUUGUAGUGUUUUAGGAAGAUCCGAUAAGAUGUAGGUAAGAACAAAUUUUUAAUGAUAUAAAACUAGUUAAAUACCAAAUAUUACUUGAUGUUUAUGAAUAUUAUCAAGUGAAUCCAAAACAAAGAUGUAACUAUGUAGCAAUAC